AAAUGUGAUUUGCUGACAAGGAUGUUAUUUGAGACGCAUUUUCUAUGAAUUGUGGGCCACAGUAAAAGAAUACAUUUAGAGUAUUAAUAUGCUUAAUCAUUUUUCGAUGAAAUUGGGAUUCAAGCCUGAAGUACUUCAAGUCCAACACCGAGAUUUUACCACCGGAGUAUUACAGCCAGAACAUUGACCUCCAUUGGUAUUGAGGUACUAAGAAACGAUUCUCUGAAAGGUGUCGCCCCUACUCUGCAAGAUCUGCACAUUCAAGAUGCUUUGGAGUUGCGAGAAAUAGAAGUCAAUGCUCUAAAAGAUUGCAAAAAAAUGCGAACACUACAUAUUACAAGAGCUCCAAAGUUAAAAGAAAUCACAAAUGGUGUAUUUGCAGCUCAUUUUCCUGGAUUUAAAAUGCUGAGAAUUGCACAUUCUGGUUUAGAAGUAAUCCCGAAUAUGAAUUUGUUGAACACUGAUCCUACAAUCAUAGCUAUGAUAGAUUUUGACAGCAAUAAUAUACGGAAUAUCACCUCUAGUUCUGUAAAAGUCAAGGCAGAAAACUUAAUUUUGGAUCACAACGAUAUCGAAGUGAUAGAAAAUUGGUCUUUCCAUGAUUCUCAAAUUGCGAAUUUGAGCUUGAAAGGGAAUAAGAAACUGAGACUCAUUGCGGAAGAUGCAUUUACUGGCCUCAAAAAUCUCAGAACGUUGGACCUCUCUGAGACUUCGAUACGCCACCUACCAACCAGCGGGUUGAGCAGCCUGGAAGUGCUUAAGAUGAAGGACACAUUCGCCUUGUGGGAGUUUCCCUCCGUGCUGCACUUCCCGGAUAUCAAAGAAGCCCAUCUCACCUAUCCUUACCACUGCUGCGCCUUCAAGUUCCCAGUCACUCAUGACCCUUGGGAAUUCAGCAGACUACAGUCCCUCAGAAGGGAUGUACACCGAAGAUACUGCGCCUCCACCACACCGGAAAGCACGGAAGAGCACGUCACAUUGCCCACUGUCCGCAAGAGGUCCGCAGAUAACGAAGGAGAAGAAGAAGGAGAUGUGGUAUACGGGCGUAUGGUGUACACUCCAUCCUCCGAUUUCAAUCAAAGUGAAGGCUGGGAGACAGAUCUCGAGGAGUUACUGCGAAAAGAAGGUUGCUUCCAUCCCAUUGAAGGAGACUAUCCGACUCGACUGCAGCACUUGAGUGACACUGACAACCUCGAAAUCGAAGGCUACUUUCAUCCCAAACCUGUCACCAUACGUCCAGACGAUCCGCUAAGAGCUGUAUGUGGCAACUUUGCCAGAGAUUUCCGACAGGUAACUUGUUAUCCAGAGCCUGAUGCUUUCAACCCAUGCGAAGAUGUCAUGGGCCAGUGGUCACUGAGGGUGGCCGUAUGGUUCGUGCUGAUAGCGGCAAUGCUGGGCAAUCUCGCCGUGCUGCUGGUCAUCCUGACCGCCAGAUCGACGAUGACUGUCUCUAAAUUCCUCAUGUGUCACCUAGCCUUCGCUGAUUUCUGCAUGGGUAUCUAUUUGCUGAUCAUUGCCAGUGUUGAUGUACGCACAAUGGGCACCUAUUUCAACCAUGCCAUAGAGUGGCAACACGGGGCCGGUUGCCAGAUGGCCGGAUUUUUGACAGUAUUUUCAAGCGAACUUUCAAUUUUCACACUUACGGUGAUAACUCUGGAGAGAUGGUAUGCCAUAACUUAUGCCAUCCAUUUGAAUCGCAGAUUGCAUCUAGGAACUGCAGCGAAAGUCAUGGCUCUUGGCUGGUUAUAUGCAUUGGUGAUGGCUGCCCUGCCCAUUCUGGGAAUCAGUAGCUAUGCCAAAACAUCCAUUUGUUUACCCAUGGAGAAUCGUGGAAUAGCAGAUUUAGCCUACAUCAUCUGCCUGCUGAGUGCUAAAGGUUUUGCAUUUUUCCUCAUAUGCAUAUGUUACGCCAAAAUGUAUUUGUCUAUUAGAGACUCGAGUAACAGUGGAAACAGAGAUACUCCUGACCUCCAUGCUAACAGGGCUGUUCGUUCCGAUUUGUCUGUUGCAAAAAGAAUGGCCAUGCUGGUCUUCACUGACUUUGCUUGCUGGGCUCCCAUCGCGUUCUUUGGUCUCACUGCUGUGGCUGGAAAGCCCCUCAUUGAUGUCACCAACUCAAAGAUCUUGCUGGUGUUCUUCUACCCUCUAAACUCGUGCUCGAAUCCGUUCCUAUACGCGAUUCUCACCAAACAGUACAGAAGGGAUGUCCUGGCCUUGAUGGCCAGAUUGGGCAUGUGCCGUAGAAGAAGCUCUUGCGUUCAUGGAAGAACACUCUCGACCAACACGCACCAACAGCAGAGACAGGUUUCGUCUGUGAAGACUCUUUACAGAAAUUCAGUGGGAGUAACUGGAAAUCAAAGACAGGUUGUUCUGCCUACUACAGCUCGACGCCUACCAGGAAUGGCUCAAUAUGAUGGAAUGGUCAAUGACUUCUACCUGCAUGGACAACGGUCACCAGCUCAUUAUUCUGGAAGCAUAUCAAGAGAAGGAAGCCCUGCCGUUCACAGAGGCUCACCACAUCCCAUAAAGAACAGUUUCACCAAAGUUCAACACCCUGAUCAACAAAUUAUUCUUCGCCGCGUUCUGGAUUACCCUCCAUCCAAUGGAUCCCAGUCCACAACUCAAGUGACCACAGGUGACCAAACUACUGACAGCACAGCUGACGGGCCUAUUUCUUUUGAAGGCGAGGAUCAAGUGAAUUUCUGCGACACAGCUGUCUAA